CUAGUUUAAACAAAAAAUAAUCCUAUCAAAAUCUUAAGUCUAUUAGCAUUAGUAAACAAAUUUUCUAAAUUAUCGAAGCACGUGCUAUUUGUUUACCAAUAAUGACGUGUCCUUAACCUUGUAAAUUAUAAAUAAAUAUUCCAAAAUACAAAGUCCUGUUUGGUGACAAUUAGUGCACUGUUUUUAACCAUGGUAAAUGAUUCAAGAAUUGUAAUAAUUGGAGCUGGUGCUUCUGGUAUUGCUGCAGGCAGGAAACUACUAGAGUAUGGUUUUAAGAACUUGAUAAUUUUGGAGGCUGAAAAUAGAAUUGGGGGUAGAAUAAAUAGCACAAAAUUUGGGGAAAGCAUUAUUGAUUUGGGGGCUCAGUGGUGUCAUGGGGAGGAAAACAAUGUAGUCUAUGAUAUGGUUAAACAUUUGAAUUUACUUGAAACUUCCAAAUGCACUUACUUGAACAAUCAAUUUUAUAACUCUACUUCCAAUCUAGUAAAUGUAGAAAUUACAGACAUGUUGCAUGGCAUUGCUUCCAGAAUCACUUGUGACUUUGAUAGCAUGAAAAAUACCAAAGAGUCAUUUGGUGAUUAUUUCAUAAGGUCUUACAUAAAAGAAGCUAAGCAGGAGUUUGGGACAAAUAGAGUUAAUCUAGAAAUUGCUAAUCAAUUUGUACAUUGGUUUCAUAAAAUGAUUUUAUGCUAUGAUGCUCCAGCAAGUUGGUUUGAUAUGUCUGCUGCAGGUUUAGUGCAGUAUGAAGAUUGCAAUGGAGACCCAUUGUUGAAUUGGAAGGAUAAAGGAUACAGAAGUUUUCUGGAUAUCUUAAUGGGGAAAUAUGCAAAAGAAUUAGAAGAGAAAACCAUUUUGAACAAGGAAGUCAGACAGAUUAUUUGGAACUCUGAUGAAAUCAGUAUAAACUGUUCAAAUGAUUCAACAUUCAAAGCUGAUCAUGUUAUAGUGACAUUAUCAGCAGGAAUUCUCAAGGAGCAACAUUUGAAGCUUUUUGUGCCACAAUUGCCUUUCUACAAAGCACUUGCUAUUGAUGGUCAAGGCUUUGGUACAGUUAAUAAAAUUUUAAUAAAGUUUCCGCAUAAAUGGUGGAAAGACGAGGACACGUCUUUUUGCUUCCUAUGGACUGAGGAUGAUAAAAUGAAUAUUUUAAAUCAAUUCCCACAAGGACCCAAAAAGAAUGGUAAAUCUUGGCUUGAAGAUAUUAGUGGUUUCUUUGUAAUAGACAGUGAUUCAACUACUCUAUUAUGUUGGAUGGUCGGCGAAUUCGCGCGAGAAGUGGAAAUGUUGGAUGAUAAAAUUAUAGAAUCAGGUUGCAUGUUUUUACUCGAGAAGUUUUUAGGAAAAUUCUACGAAAUUCCAAGUGCUUCAAAUUUCAUCUGUUCCAGAUGGUUCAGCAAUAAUCACUUCCGCGGUUCGUACUCUUUCAAGAGCGUCGAUAACCAAGAACGAUUAACCACAUCUUCCAAAUUAAUCGAACCAUUGGUAGGUGCCAACAAUAAACCGUUGAUCCAAUUCGCAGGUGAAGCAACGCAUCCAAAGUAUUUUUCCAGUGUUCAUGGAGCUGUGGAGACAGGUUUUAGGGAAGCGAGUCGCAUUUUAAACUAUUACAAGAACGGUGAGGUGCAGAGCAGUAAACCAAUGCUAAAUUCUAAAUAUUAAAUACAAAUUUAUAUAUUUUGUUGUUCCGUAUAUUAUAAAGUUUAUAAAUAAAAUGAUUCAUAUUUCUUUACUGAGAAUAUUUCGUUAUUACAACUAAAAAUAAAACGUUUUUUUAUAUAUAUUUCAAAUAGGCUUCUUUUUAUAUCAAAUAAUGCAAGAAUUGUUGAGCGUAAAAUUGACAUUAAAUGCACGUAUUGUACGACGUGUCAAUUUCACUAGUCAUAAAGAAUCACAACUUAUUUAUUUAUACAAAAAACAAGUAUAAGAAGAAACAAUGAGGAUUUUUGUAGUUUCCGAAAAACUCACUUUUGCGCCAGUAAAUACCAAACACAUUUAUCACAAUAUCAAUAAUAAAAGUAAUAAUAUUAAUAAUAGUUAUAUUAUAUAUUAAAUAAAAUUCUCU